AAUAAUUUUAAUUAAUUAUUAAUAAGUGAUAAGUGCAGUGUAAUUAAACUUUAGUUAAUUAAAAAAAUUAUUUUUUUUUGAAAAUUAAUUAUUGAUAAUUAAUUACUAAUGAUUGUGAAAAAUAAUUGUGAUUUUUAUUUAUUGCAAUGGAUAAAAUAGAGUUACUGGGGAACGCAUGCUUUAGUCAUGGCCCAUAUACAUUCUACAAGGCUGUUAAAAUAAAUAAUAAUCGUGUAUUACGAUUAGGUAAUUUUUUUUUAACAAAAUUAUGGACUGACACGGAUUUAGUCAGUAUCGGAGAAUUACAGUUGUUAUGGAUCGACAGUCGCGGUUCCAAUCAGCCAUUAGCAUCUCUACGAUUAUAUUUCCUCCCCGAAAACACACCUGACGGCCGACGGGACAUUCACGGCGAGGAUGAAGUAUUAACAAUAUCGGAAAAAGUAGUAGUCCACGUGCAUGAUUUAGUAUCAUGGCUAUCGCCAAAUUUAGAGUGGACAUGGGGUAGAGAAGUAAUACUACCACCGCCAUCUGCUUCUUUACCACCAUCGCCGUCGACAUCCUCCCCUACGUUAUCGACGGCAACGUCACCAUCGUCACCACCACCACCAUUACCGACAUCUAAAGUUUUAUUACCGACCGGCGAUGAAGUUACCGGCAGUGCCGCUGCAGCUGUGGCUUCCACUCCGACGGACGAUACAAGCGAUUCCGGUAUCGAUAAGAAACCCGAGUUGAUACCUCAAGUGCUUACCGACCCUGGUAUCGAUUUUACCGACGUAGAAAAACAAGAAUUUUAUGAUAACUACGAAUGUAAAAAUUUAAAUAAUAAUAAUGACGAUGCGUCGUCAUUUUCAUCGGUAUCGACGGGAGUUGGAGUGGGAGGAACGGGCCAAGGAGUGGGAGGAAAAAAUACACGAGUUGUCGUAUUGUCUUAUCCGAGGUAUUGCCGUUAUCGGGCAUUGUUGAGACGAUUGGAGGGCUCGGAACCGUCUUGGCUCUGUACUUCAGUUGCUGCAGCCCUUGGGGGGUUUACUGCGUUACCUGGUACACGUGUAUUAUUUUGUAGAGAUACGUUCGAUUAUCCAGAUCUCGAAACUCAUGAACUUUUAUGCAAUCAUUUGGCGCCAAAAUUAAAAGGCAGACCAAGAAGAAAACGUAAAAAACGCAGUGCAUCACCCGGUGAAUCGAGUAAUGAAAGUGAAGCAUCUGUCGCAUCAACAUCUCGUGGUUCGACGACGUCAUCAUCAUUCUCAAUAAAUUGUCCUCCAAAAUCUACAACGCCCCCGCAAACAUCAACCCCAUUAACGUCGUCUCUGACCCCAUCGUCAACGUCCUUAACCUCAACGUUAGCGACAGGGACAUCUGCGACAGUAUCGAACUCUACAACGACCGCAUUGACGUCGAUAACAACGACAUCAUCAUCGACUCCAGCGACAUUAUUAAUAGCGUCGGUGGUUACCGGUCGAGGUGAUGGUGUCAGAAGAAGCGAACGCAAGGUUACGGGGGAUGAAAAAAAAUUUAUUAUCGACGUACAAAGUUUUAUGAGUUUGCGCGGCACUCCAGUACUAAAAAUGCCGCUUUUAGGUUAUCGGCAGAUCGAUUUGUAUUUAUUUUACAAACAAGUUCAAAAACUUGGGGGCUAUGAUACAGUGACGUCUGGACGUCUUUGGAAAUCGAUUUAUGAUGAAAUUGGAGGUAACACUGGUUCAACUAGUGCUGCUACAAUAACACGCAGACAUUAUGAAAGGUUACUUUUACCGUACGAACGUCAUCAACGCGGUGAAGAAACAAAAGUCCGACCAGUAAGUCGUCGCAGUAAAUCGAUAUCCGAUUUACCGAUCGAUUUACCGGAAUCACCUAAAUCUCCACCAACAGCCACUACAACAACAACAACGCCAUCUAUAAAAUCUCCGUCGCGUACGUCGCCGGAGGCCAAUUGUCUAACUAAUAAUUCUAACCUUAAUAAUAGUAAUAGUAAUAAUAAUAAUAAUAAUAAUAAUAAUAAUAGUAAUAAUAAUAUCGUGAGCAUUCCCGAUAAACCAAAGACUGAAUUAAAACCAUCAUCGUUGCGCAGUGUCCGCGUAAAACCCGAGCGUUUAAAAUCACUGUCACUUUCAUCAUCAUCAUCAUCAUCUUCAUCAUCAUCAACGUCAUCAUCACCAUCACCGUCACCAUCGUCAACACCCGUUACAAAUAAUAAUAUAAAUCUCAAUUUAAAUUUAAAUCUUAAUCAUAAUUAUCAAAAUCAUAAUCAACAAACUUCUAAUGAUUCAUCAUCAAGUCCAUUAUCAUUAACACCAUCAACAACUCCCCCUACAUUAAAUUUAUUAUCAUCACAACAACAACAACAACAACAACAACAACAACAACAACAACAACAACAACAACAACAACAACCAUCAAUUAUAGAAAAUUCUUCAUUAAAUUUACCGCCAAAUUUAAAUAAUUUAAAUUUACCGCCAAAUUUACCAACAACAACUGAUAUUAAUAUCACAACAACAACAACAACAACAACAACAACAACACAACCAGAUUGUGAUGUAAAAUAUGAUAGUAAUUUGAAUAAUAAUGAUAAUUUAUUACCACAAAAUAAAGAAAACAUUCCAAUUUUUAUUAUUAAACAACAACAACAACAACAAAAUUUACAUAAAGAGCAACAACAAUAUUUACAACAAGAACAGCAACAAAAUUUACAACAAGAUCAGCAACAAAAUUUUCAACAACAACAACAACCACAACAACAACAACAACAACAACAAAAUGAGGAACAUCAAGAUCAGCAACAAAAUUUACUACAAAAAAAACAACAAUAUUUGCAAAAAGAGCAACAACAAGAACAACAACAAAAUUUACAUCAACAACAACAACAACAACAAAAAUUAAAAUCGCCGCCAUCACCAGAAGUUAUUGAUCUCGAAUUAGAAUUAGAAAAUCAACCAACAACAACCCCAACAACACCGCCACCAACAACAACAACAACAACAACACGAGAUAAAAUAAUAAUACCAAGUUUUAAAAAACGCAAACUAGAAAUAUUGCGUGAAGGCGGCCUUGAAGUAACGGCCGUUGAUCUCGCGGAGCGUCCAACAGUAAUUCAAACCCACCCGCCAUUACCCGCCGCCAACUCCGCCAUUUUGUCCUCGAAUUCGACUGUUAACCCCAGCGUUAAAGAAGAAGUUAAGCCCCAGAAAUUGAUAUCUGUGACCGUCACUCCAGACAUUACGCACAUGUUGGCCUCCCCCGAGAAAUACAACAACAACAACAACAACAACAUUAACAGCAGCACCGGUAAAAAAUUCAUAAAUUCUUUGCCGCCAAAAGUAAUUCAGUCCCACUCAAUUUUUUCCGGUAACGACAAAGUCGUAUACGGGAACCCUAAAGAUAUAUUAACUGCCUCUAAGUACGUGAUUAGUACACCGGAUGUACUAGAUCUCACUAAAUCUGCGCAGACAUUUUCCCGCCCUAACCUCGAAAUCGUGCGGGUCCCGAUUGUCCCACGCCCGCAAUUAUUCAAAAAUUCUAUUACUAAUAGUAACAACAGUUCUAUUAACAACAAUUACAACAGUCAUCAUACUCACGGUGACAAUUACAGUAACGAAAAAUUACCCGGUGUUAAUAUCGAUAAAUUAUCGACGAAAGUUAACUUACCGAUACUCGAUUCGCGUACGAUAGCCUCAAAUAAUUUAGAAAUAACUCUGGUUAACCCGAAAAAUUAUAAUAAUAAUAACAAUAAAUUGUCAAACAAUUAUACUAGUCCGCCGAUAAGACAAAAUGGCGCCAGUGGCGCUCUGGUGUCAAAAAUGAAAACUAAUAAAUUUCAUACAAUCGAAAAUCCGUAUGCUCGUAAAGUAAACAAUCACAUUGUAAAUGUACCAAAUUUGAAUACUUUACAUUACGGAAAUAGUGGGAGACAAAUGACGUCGACGUCAUCUUCAUUGAGGAUCGACAAAAUGGCGGCUGAUGGCAGCAAUAGAAGAAUAAGCGAAAGUGAUCUACCAAAAUACAGUAACUAUGGUAACAAAAUGUCGUAUUUGCAACAAAAAAGUGAUAGGGAUCGUGAUCGAUAUGACAGAGAUCGACAUGAUCGGAGGCAUAGUGUCCCUACUUUACCGACAGGUUUUAUGCCAGGAUUAAAUGCGACGCCAUUUUAUCCACCACCGCCUCAGCAGCCGCCAUCUUCUUCAGCGACUGGAGUCAUUCAUAACAACAAAUUUAUACCGCCGGGGCCAAUGAUCGACCCGAUUUAUUACUCGGCGAUUUACAAUGGACUGUUUAGUACCGGGCAGGUGGCGCCAACGGUCACUAGCUCGAUGCGACCUCCGCAAAUUGGUCAUGGAACGAUAACCUCACCGAUAAAUAGUAACUCGGGGUCACAACAUGGCUACUUACCGCCAAUUGAAUUCAAUGAUUACUACAAAAAUUUUCUAACCUCACAACAACAACACCAGAGAUUACUGAUGAUGAGUCAGCAUCAAUCCGCGCCGACGUCUAAAUAAAUUUACGCGGGAAAAAUUUGAAUUUUUUAAAAUUAGUUAUUUAUUUUUUGCGGGUUAUAUUUUUUAAAAUGGACGAAAUUUAAGUAGAAGUUAAUUUUUAUCAAUUGGAUCUGAUCAGAUACAAAAAGUGAUAGUAUCUGGUCAUAUAUGUAAUUGAUUGUGUCUUAUUUUUGGGAAUAAAUAUAUAGAUGUGAUCAUAUAUGAUGAUGAAUAAACUCAGAUAUGAUCAAAUUAAAUAAAAUGUUUUGUAUUUUGAGUAGAAUACGAAUAUUCAUAUAUUUAUGUGAUCCGAUUUGAUCAUAUGUGAUCAAAUAUGAUUAUGGAUCGUCACAUAUGAAUAUUUAUGUAUAUAUGUGAUUAAUUGUACCUAUUAUUUUCAAGGAUAAAUAUUAAAAUAUGGUCAUAUAUGAUCAUGUAUAUGAUCAUAUACUCAGAUAUGAUCAGAUAAAAUCUACUAUUCUGAUUACACAUGAUUCUAUAUGAUCGUGUGUGAUCAGGUAGAAAUUCAUACAUGAUCAUAUAUAUAAAGUCAUAUCUGAUCAGUCUAGAACUAUAUGAUCAUAUUUGAAUGUCUGUUGACGGAUUGUAUUAAUAUUUUUGUAGCCAUAUAUGAUCACAUAUGAUUAUGGGCGGUCAUAUAAGACCAGAUAUGCUCAUGUAUGGUCAUAUAUGACAAUGGAUGAUCACAUAUGAUCAUGUAUGGUCACAUAUGAUCGUGUAUGGUCAUAUAUCAUUACAUAUGAUCGUAUAUGGUUAUAUAUGGUCACAUAUGAUCAUGGAUGGUCAUAUAGAUCAAAUAUGAUCAUGGAUGGCUAUAUAUGAUCAAAUAUGAUCAUGGGUGGUUAUAUACAGCCCCAUUUGAUUAUAUAUGAUCAUAUAUGAUCGCAUAUGAUCAUUUAUGGUCAUAUAUGAUCCAAAAUGAUCACGAAUGGUUAUAUACGACCACAUAUGAUUAUAUAUGAUCAUGUAUGGUCACAUAUGAUCAUGGAUGGUCAUAUAUGAUCGAAGAUGAUUAUAUAUGAUCACAUAUCAUCAUACAUGGUCAAAUAUAGUCACAUAUGAUCAUAUAUGAUCAUAUAUGAUCCAAAAUAAUCACGAAUGGUUAUAUACGGCUACAUAUGAUUAUAUAUGAUCACAUAAAAUAUGAACAUGGGAGGUCAUAUACGACCAUAUAUGAUUAAAUAUGAUCACAUAUGAUCAUGUAGGGUUAUAUCUGAUCAAGUAUGAUCAUCUGUGAGUAAAUUUUUAUCAAUAUAAAAUCAGAUAGAAACAUAUAUGGUCAUUAUAACCAUAUUUUAUCGUUUUUACUAAAUUUGAGUUCAAAAUGGUGGCAAUUAUAAAAUGGCGGUAAAAUUAAAAUGUUUUGGCGGUAAAAUUUAAAAAAAU